GUAUAUAUAAAAUAUCCACCUGGUUUCAGUUUCAGACAGUGCAACAGUGCCAUUUCUGUGUGAUAGAUUUUGUCUGUUUGUGUGUGAGAGAGAAUGUGGCCAUUCGGCAGGAAAGGGGCUUCUGGGUUUUCAUCAUCAUCCACUGCUGAGCAAGUCACUGAAGGUCUUGAUGGAACUGGUCUCACUGCCAUUGUUACAGGAGCAUCCAGUGGUAUUGGCACUGAGACUACACGUGUACUUGCUUUGCGAGGUGUCCAUGUGAUCAUGGGUGUGAGAAAUAUGGUUGCUGCUAAAGAUGUCAAAGAAACCAUACUCAAGGAGAUUCCCUCUGCAAAAGUUGAUGCCUUGGAAUUAGAUCUCAGUUCACUGGAUUCUGUCAAUAAAUUUGCAUCAGAUUUUAAGUCUUCUGGUCUUCCGUUGAACAUCUUGAUAAACAACGCAGGAAUUAUGGCAUGCCCUUUCAAGCUCUCUGCAGACAAAAUUGAACUACAGUUCGCCACAAAUCACUUAGGUCACUUUCUAUUGACAAAUCUUUUGUUGGACACUAUGAAGAAAACUUCACGUAAAACUAAGAAAGAAGGAAGAAUUGUUAAUGUCUCUUCUGAGGCUCACCGGUUUGCAUAUUCUGAAGGAAUCCGUUUUGACAAAAUUAAUGAUAAGUCAAGUUACAGAGCCUGGGGUGCAUAUGGGCAGUCAAAGCUUGCCAACAUUUUACAUGCGAAUGAACUUUCAAGGCGUCUCAAGGAAGAUGGGGUGGAGAUUUCUGCAAAUUCUCUUCAUCCUGGAGCAAUUACCACCAAUCUUUUCCGUUAUACUCCAAUAAACGGUAUAAUUAAUGUUAUUGGUAGACUCGUUUUUAAAAACAUCCCGCAGGGAGCAGCAACAACAUGCUAUGUAGCAUUACACCCACAAGUGAAGGGAGUUAGUGGCAGGUAUUUUUCAGACAGUAAUGUGGCCCAACCAACCUCACUUGGGACUGAUGCUGAUUUGGCCAAGAAACUUUGGGAUUUCAGCUUGAAUUUGACCAAGUAAAAAACCCAGGUAUUAUUUUGUCAAUGGAGAUAGCAUGCGUACUUGCUGAAUGAUAAGCUUCAAUUAUACGACUUAAUGUAACUUCUAUCAAAAUUCUCAUCACCUGUUGCAUAGGCAUGAAUUUAGGCAUACAGUCUAUAAUUUAAAGUUCCUACUCCAUUUUACUUGGCACAGAAUUUAUACCAGUUUGUAUAAGAAUAAAACUUUCUGUACUAUUCUCUUGGAUGAGUACCUGGUAAUGAUGGAAGUAGUAGUAUUACCAAAUGUUAGUUUCUUGUUCAAUGGUCACUCUCAAGUUCUAUUCUCUUUUA